AUGAAAAGGUGCAGUGUUGUGUGUGGCUGCUGUGACGGGGCAGGGGCUGGGGCAGGGGCUUGGGGACUUCAAAGGCCCCGUGUGCUGCUGCUGUUCUGGGGCCGCUGUCAUGGGAGAAGGAGCCUGCAGCCUCAGGACGCCGGCCCAGAGGAGGCUCAGGGCGGUCAGAGCGGUCAGGGCAUUCCAGAGCUGCACACAAAGCUCAGUGUGACCGGCACAGCUGAGGCGUGGAGCAGGGGAGGGAGGGGCGCCCCGGACGGUGACAGCGGAGAGAGGGAUUCACCUCCGCUGGACCUCAGGGAGAGAGGGAAGAGGCAGCACGGCGUCCCCCUCGGCCCGCACAAUCCCCACAUUCAUCACUGGACCCGCCUCAUCAAAGUGUGUCCACUCCGCAGCGGGAAACUCUACACUGUGUCCUCAGACAAACACUUAGCUCUCUGCCCCGGAGCCUCUGGGCUGGAAGAGUCUGCUGACCCCCCCUCACCCCCCAGAGCAGCGAGCACCACACCUAAAGCCCUCAGCUCCGUGCACCUCUGUGUGCAGCUCUGUGUGCAGCUCUGUGUGCAGCUCUGUGUGCAGCUCUGUGCAGCUCAGUGUGCAGCUCUGUGCAGCUCUGUGUGCAGCUCUGUGCAGCUCUGUCAGGUGUGGAGUCGAGGCCACAGAUUUAACCCCAAUCUGGAGCUGCCGGGCCUGGCACACAUGGGCCUGCAGCUGUGCUCCAUUGAUAGAGCCCGGUCCCGGCUCCGUGGAGCGACUCCGACUCCUCAGACACAGUUCAGACUCAUUGGACUCUCUUUAACAAUCAAAGCAUCUCCUGAGUCAGAGGUCAGACAGGUGAGACAGGUGAGACAGGAGAGGGAGAGACAGGGGAGACAGGAGAGGGAGAGACAGGAGAGGGAGAGACAGGUGAGACAGGAGAGGGAGAGACAGGAGAGGGAGAGACAGGAGAGGGAGAGACAGGUGAGGGAGAGACAGGUGAGGGAGAGACAGGAGAGGGAGAGACAGGUGAGGGAGAGACAGGUGAGGGAGAGACAGGUGAGGGAGAGACAGGAGAGGGAGAGACAGGAGAGGGAGAGACAGGUGAGGAAGAGACAGGAGAGACAGGUGAGGGAGAGACAAGUGAACGAGAGACAGCUGAGGGAGAGACAGAUGACGGAGAGACAGAUGAGGGAGAGUCAGGUGAGGGAGAGACAGGUGAGGGAUAGUCAGGUGAGGGAGAGACAGGUGAGGGAUAGUCAGGUGAGGGAGAGACAGGUGAGGGAGAGACAGAUGAGGGAGAGACAGAUGAGGGAGAGACAGGUGAGGGAGAGACAGGAGAGGGAGAGUCAGGUGAGGGAGAGACAGGUGAGGGAGAGACAGGUGAGGGAGAGACAGGUGAGGGAGAGACAGGUGAGGGAGAGACAGGAGAGGGAGAGUCAGGUGAGGGAGAGACAGGUGAGGGAGAGACAGGUGAGGGAGAGACAGGUGAGGGAGAGACAGGUGAGGGAGAGACAGGUGAGGGAGAGACAGGUGAGGGAGAGACAGGAGAGGGAGAGACAGGAGAGGGAGAGACAACACUGUUUUUGA